UUCUCCCGGCAUUCACGACAAAUUGUGAGCUGUGAAAGAUGCCAGCCGUCGCCGUAAAAGGUCAGUGCCAAUCCACAAUACCCAAGUGAUAAUGCCCACAGAUCAUGGGACCUUGCAAGGCAGUGUGGCGUGACGCGCAACUUCUCUCAGGCAGCUAAGUAGCAUCGCUCUUACAAUUCCUGUGCUCGAACCUAAGUCUUACGUCUUUUUGUUCUUUUCUCUAAUCGCCCUCUUACUCUAUUCUUUUCUCAAAGAUUGUAACAUCAGAAGAACAUCGGGAACAAAUGCCUAAUCAUCCCGUUGUGGUUUCAGGUGCGAUAGUAGUGAUUGCCGUUGCUGCCGCAGCCGCAGUUGCAGUCUACGAAUCCCCUCAAGCUCGACAAUUUGCGGAAGAUGUCCGAAGACGCAUAGCCAUUGCUCUACAUUCCUUAGGCGAUGAAAUAAAUCCAUCCUCCCAACAGCCUCGAUUCAACCGUCCCGAAGAUGCAGAAGGCUUCAUGCAAAGCAGGGCCGAACCCGGCAUGGAUGCAGAUGAGGAAUCCAAACGACGUCAGAGAGAGGAGUUGAUGCAUUGGAAUGCUGUGCGCAUGGAGAAGAUUGAGAGAGAGCGGAAGUCCGCGGAAGGAAGACCUGCGAAUAAGACCCGUGGAGCGAGCUUCGAUGAUUUCCUGGAGCAGGAUAAGACAGCUGAAAAGGGAACUUAUGUCUACAAUACCGGUACGGAUUUGAGCCGCGAGGCUGAAGAAGGAUUACGGAGUCGCGGAGUACGUGGCCUAAAUCGAGGAUCAGUUUACGCAAACCCCUUCGCAGACGAGAAUCACAUCGAGAUGGACGAGCAGCGAGCUGUAGAUGCGAGUCUAAUGUCUCCAGAUGCCUCAGAGAAGUUUGAAGUCAUGUCGGACCUUUAUUCUGCGAACGAAGACCCCAAGCCCUCUCGCAAGACUACUGCUACCACUGUGGAGCAGUUGGUUGAUCUUUCAGAGCCUUUCCCAGACCCGCCUGUUUCAUACCCUACUAUGGAGGACUUGCACGCGGAUACAAACUUUGUGAAUAUGGAACGGGAUAACUCACCCUUCGCUUCCAUUCAUGCCUGGGCCGACAACACAAAUCAGACCUUUCACUCUUCCUCCCCGGCCACCCCUGGAGCUAGCACACCUCAACAGCAACAACAAUACAACGCUGUCCCAGGAUCGCCCCUCUUCAGCGAUCCUCCGGAGUCAGUUCCAGGUGAUGUUACCCCCACAGAUUCUGUCUCGUUGGCAGGGUCAGCAGAGGAUGUAUGGAAUCCCAGAAGCGGUGCUACUAGCGAAGCAGAUGUCAUGAGCGUAGACGGCGAAGGCAUCAGCACGCCAGGUAGCUGGACAGAGGUUGGAAGUGAAGUUAGCGACAAUGAUAUGGUGGCCGGUGUGCAGCACUAGAUUUAUUGUUCUCAACAUACUCUUCCACUGCUUACUAUGGGUGUCUGGCUUUUGGCGUCAGACUGGAGUGGAAAUUGGUGGCACAUCAGCGCCUAGGAUACAGGACUGGAAUGGCGUUAGAAUAUUUGCUCGUAGGGUUUGCUAAUAGG